AUGGAAAUCACAGAUUUUCCUUUCAGUGGAGAGUUUGAAAUGACGGAGGGGAUGCAUCGGGCUUUUGAGCAGGAAGGCUACUUCAUUGUCAGAUCCCUCAUCAGCCCCGAUGAGAUGACAGCAUUACGGACUGCCAUCGAUCGUGACGAGGGGAUACGAGAACACGCUAUCAACCUGCCCGAUGGGGAGGGAAGGUGUAGCAAGAUGAGCCUAUGGAAUCACCCGGGGUCAGAUGUCACUGGGAUGUUGGCACGGUGUGAAAAGGUGGCUGGUACCAUGGAAAAGUUGUUGGGAGGGGAGGUGUAUCAUUACCACACCAAGUUAAUGAUGAAGGAGGCCAGGACGGGAGGAUCCCACAUAUGGCAUCAAGAUUAUGGGUACUGGUAUAAAAACGGAUGCCUUUAUCCAGAUAUGGGAUCCGUGUUUAUAGCCGUGGAUAAAACUGACAAGGAAAAUGGAUGUUUGCAGGUUUUGCGUGGUUCCCAUAAACUUGGACGUAUUGAACAUAUACCGAUAUCAGGACAGACUGGGGCGGAUCUUGCACGAGUUGAAGAGGCAAAGAAGGUAAUGGAGCUUGUAUAUGUGGAGUUAGAACCAGGAGAUGCCUUGUUCUUUCACGCAAACGUCUUGCAUAAGAGCAACCGAAACGACUCCGAUCGACGUCGAUGGGUCUUCAUUUUAUCUUACAAUCUGGCCAGAAAUAACCCCUUUAAGAAACAUCACCAUCCAUGCUAUACACCAUUGCAUAAGGUGCCAAACUCUGCCAUCUUAGAAUGCAAAAACGUGAUGGAUUUCAGCGGAAAAGACUUCUUAGACCCAACCGCUGACGAAACUAUCAAAGCACAACCACGCUGA